UUGAUAUACCAGUUCUUUAUCUGUUUGGAGCAAGAAAUUUUAUUAUUAUUAUUUGUACCGUUUUCGUAUCCUAUCCAUUGGCUCUUUAUCGAGAUAUUUCAAAAUUGGCAAAAACAAGUGGUUUGGCCUUGAUUUCUAUGGUUAUUAUUGUGGUUAGCGUCGCUGUAGAGGGUCCUCAAGUAAUUCCAUCUCUCAGAGGUAGAGAG